GAGCCGGACAGCAGCCAUCCCUAAGGGAGCCAGCCCAGAUCUGGGGCUGAUACUUGAGUCUCUGAGGCUCAACAUGCUAGGCAGAGCUGCUGCUGUAGGACGGAAGCCCUGCAGUGCCAACUGAUUCACAAUGGCUGUUUCAGUGGCAGCCUCUUUGAGAAACCCUGCCUCUAUACUGUCAUCAUGGAAAAACCAAGGGGCCUCAAAAGAGGGUAAGGUAAAGUUUCAGAUUUGGGCUCAGCAGAAGAGGAACUUGAGGCUGGGGCAAGUGCCAGAACCCUCGUGUGUCAGAUUGGGGAUUGUGCUGCUGUUGGUGAUUUUCCUGCCAAGCAUGUACUGUGACCUGGGAUCUGUAUAUUACUCUUCUUAUGAAACAGUCAUCCCCAAGAGCCUGACAGUCAAGGGAAGGGAAGACCCAGUGGAAAAGGCAUCCUAUAUGCUCUUAAUGCAGGGCCAGAAAUGGAUGAUUCACCUGAAGGCGAAGAGAGACUGUUUUGUGAAGGACUUUCCAGUCUUCAGCUACCACGGUGGCGUCCUGGGGCAAGAAAUGCCUUUCAUCUCACAUGACUGUCACUAUGAAGGCUACAUAGAAGGAGUCCCGGGUUCUUUUGUUUCUCUCAACACCUGUUCAGGCCUCAGGGGCAUCCUGAUUAAGGAGGGGAAACCCUAUGGCAUUAAGCCCAAGGACACUUCGAAACGCUCUGAACAUGUGUUGUACACGAUGGCACACCAAGCUCGAGUCUCCUGUGGGGUCACUUCCAAAGGCAGCCAAGUGGCGCCUGCCAGCCGGCAGCAGGGGAGCAGGAAGCCUCACAGUCCACAGGCACCGUCCUCCUUUUGGUCACACACCAAGUACGUGGAGAUGUUUGUCGUGGUCAACAACCAGCGGUUCCAAAUGUGGGGCAGUGACGUCAGUGAGGCAGUCCAGAGGGUCAUGGACAUCACCGCUCUGGCCAACAGCUUCACCAGGGGGAUAAACACAGAGGUGGUGCUGGCUGGAAUGGAGAUUUGGACCGAGGGGGACCUCAUAGAAGUCCCGGCGGACUUGCAAGUUACACUCGGGAAUUUCAACAGCUGGAGGCAGGAGAAGCUCUCCCGUCGUGUGAAGCACGAUGUUGCCCACAUGAUCGUUGGACAUCGUCCUGAAGGAGACGUGGGACAGGCAUUUCUCAGUGGUGCCUGUUCAAGUGGCUUUGCGGCAGCCGUUGAGUCCUUCCAUCAUGAAGACGUCCUCCUGUUUGCAGCGCUCAUGGCCCACGAGCUUGGGCACAACUUGGGUAUUCGGCACGACCACUCGGCCUGCGCUUGUAGAGAUAAACGCUUGUGCCUCAUGCGUGAAAAUAUCACCAAAGAAGGUGGCUUCAGCAACUGCAGCUCUGAUUACUUCUACCAGUUCCUCCGGGAACACAAAGGGGGCUGCCUAUUUAACAAGCCUCGGCCCCAACAUCGCCUGCGUAGGAAUGCAGAGUGUGGAAAUGGUGUGUUGGAGGACAGUGAGGAGUGUGACUGCGGACCUGACUGUGGUGAUCACCGGUGCUGUGACCAAACAUGUAGGCUGAAGGAGCAUGCACAGUGUAGUGACGGACUAUGCUGUUCUGAUUGCCAGUUGAGACAUAAGGGAUUCAUGUGUCGUCCUGCUCUUGGAGAGUGUGACCUCCCUGAAUAUUGUGAUGGUACCUCCGGAGAAUGCCCCAUAGACCGCUAUAAGCAAGAUGGCACAUUGUGUGACAGAAUUCACUAUUGUUUUGGCGGCCGGUGUAAGAACCCUGAUAAUCAAUGUGUGGAUAUAUAUGGGUCCCCUGCAAGGUCUGCCCCAGAACACUGUUAUAUUUCCAUGAACACCAAAGGAGACCGGUUUGGGAACUGUGGCUUGUGGGCCUCGUCUAGGACAGAGUAUGUUAAUUGCUCUGAUGAUCAUAUAUUUUGUGGGAAACUUAUAUGUACAAAUAUUAGACGGAUACCAGCAAUCAAACCCCACCAUACUCUGAUCCAGGUACCUCACAAAGAUGACUGGUGCUGGAGCAUGGAUGCCUAUAACAUGACUGACAUCCCCGAUGAUGGAGAGGUGCACAACGGCACUCUUUGUGCCCCACACAAAGUCUGCAUGAAUUACUCCUGCACUGAUCAUGUCGUGCUCCACUACGACUGUGAACCUAAUGAAAUGUGUAAUGGGAGAGGAGUCUGCAACAAUUUAAGGCACUGUCAUUGUGAGGCUGGCUAUGCACCCCCUGACUGCAAAGCUGCAGGAAAUGGGGGUAGUGUGGACAGUGGCCCUCCUGGAAAGCCACAUGAUGGAAAUCCAAGUGAAGAUGAAAGCAGAAGUCAUAGUGUUUCUCGUAGUAAGUCUGGCAGAGGUUGUGAGAAUGAAGAUGAAAGCAAAGGCCUUUCCAGGAUGGUGUACUUAUUCGCCUUAUUUCUUUUAAUAGUAUUUUUAAGUCUGAUUAUUGGUGCCAUUAUUGGGGCUGGAAAGGAGAGAUCACAGUGCCAACAAAAGGUUCUAGAAGAUACUCAAGAAACUGUACCAGAAACAGAAGUAGGCAGAUUAGAGGAAGAACCAGGGGGAAAAAUGAGUAGUGACAGGAAGAAGGCGAGUAUAGCAAAUACCUGA